CUCCACUCAGCUCCCUCCGCCCAGCACAGGGAAGGUCACGCGACAUCUGGCGGCGACGGCGGCGGCCACACAUGUCUGUUUGUGUAAUGGGCGGCUGGUGAUGGGUGUCCUGGGUUGUAUGGAAUCUCCUUCCUUCUGCCUGAGCAUGACAAGGAGACAAAAUGAACACCAAAUCUAAAAGAGACAUCUUGGAAGAGAAAGCAGACUUGAAGAGAUCCACAUAUUAUGAGGGUGAAAGCUCUGAAGGUUUGCACCUUAAGAACAUGAAGAGGGAAGAGUGUAAUGCUAAUAGCUAUGACGAUGAGAAAGAGGAAGAAAUCCCCAAAAAUUUCAAGAAAAAGAGGAAGUAUCUGCAAAGAUACUCUGCAAAAUUUGAAAACAGUCCACUUUUCAGAGGUUGGAUUAAGGCAAGCAGUAGAGGAAAUUCAUAUGCAUACUGCAUACCUUGUGGUGCCCACCUCAAGAUAACCUCAGGGAAAUCUGAUCUUAGGAGGCAUUCAGAGAUGAAAAAACAUAGAGCCAAUGUGAAGGCAUCACAUGGUGGGGAGAAUUGCAUAACUGCCUAUGUCCUGGGACAAGACCAGCCCAUAGCCAGUGUUGAGUUGCCAGUGCCUGGGGAAGACUCCAAAAUUACUAAGAAGAAAAAAUCUCAAAAGUACUCCCAUUUACUUGAGGAAGAUCCGCUCCUAAAGGACUGGAUAACUUCAAGUGCAAAGGGUGAAUUCUAUGCUCACUGUAUCCCAUGUGAUGUUGACAUCAGAAUAGGAGCUGGGAAAGUGGAUCUAAAGAACCAUGCAAAAAACAAGAAGCACAAGAUUAUCAAGGCAGAAUUUGAUCAAAAAAUGUUGUCAUUGCCUAGGUCAAGACAAAGCGAGCACUGCACAAGUAGCACUUUCAUGCCUCAACAGGACUACCCGAUGCCUGGCAUGGAUCUGCCCUUGAAUACUGUGCAGAUACAGACCUCCAUGGAGGAACUGGAGGACAUCCAGGAAAGUCCCAUGACACUUGAGAUAAACUCCUUCUCAAGGAGUCCAAUUAAGCCAAGGCAUAAAGAAGAUCCUGGUUUGUUGGCAUCAAGAUUACACAAAGCUAAACUUCAAAUUGCCUCAUUCAUAGCUAGGCAUGACUUGUCAAUUGACACUUCAGACCAUCUCAUUCAGGUAAUUAAGAGCAUCUGUCCAGAUUCUUGUGUGGCACAAAAUUUGGAAUGUGAAGGCACUGACAUGGGACUGCUCAUUAACAGUGUAUUGGGGAAGAAUGCCUGUGAGGAGCUGAUGCAACUUUUGAAAGAGAACAAAUUUUCAUUGAUAGUUGAUGAAUCUACAAGAAGAGGGAUAGAUAAACACUUGAGUAUGAUUGUUAGGGUGUUGCACAAUUAUUCGAUAACUGAUGCUUUUCUAGGUUUUAUUCCUAUGAAAGAAGCCACAGCUCACUCACUGUAUAAUGAUGUUGUUGAAUUCUUUAACAAAAACUUAAUACCUUAUAAAAAAAAUAUGAUUGGCAUAGCUGCUGAUGGUGGCAACUCUGUUCUGGGUGACAGUCAUUCCCUGUCAUCUCUGUUGAAGGAAGACAUUCCUCACCUGUUUGUUAUGAAGUGCAUCUCUCACUCCUUUAGUUUGUGUGCAUCUUCUGCUUGUCUUAAGUUGCCUUACUCAUUGGAAGACCUUGCAAGAAAUGUUUACAGUUAUUUUCAAUUAAGUCCCAAUCAUAUUGUGUUUCAGGAAUUUGAGGCAUUUGCUAGUGUCAAAGCUUACAAGUUCUUGCAUCCAGAACAGACCAGAUUGUUGUCUGUACAUGAAUUGGUGUCAAAAAUCCUGGAAAACUAUGAUGUUCUCAUGUCCUAUUUUGCCAAAGCUAAAUUAGUUGAUAGACUUGAAACUCCAGAAGCAGUCCUUCAGAGGCUCAGCAUACCUGUAACUAAACUGUAUCUAAUGUUUCUUGACUUUGUUUUACCAAUAUUUGAUAAUCUAGACAGACAUAUGCAGAGUGAGUCUUCUCAGAUCCAUGUCCUACAUAAUGCAGUUAGAAUAGCCUUGAAAACUAUUUUUGAGUGUUAUCUUGAUGAUGCUUAUAUCAGUUCAACAUUAUUAAAAGACAUUGAAUAUAGAGAUGAAGCAAAUUUCAAACCACUGGAAGAGAUGUAUUUAGGAAUUAAAGUACAAAUGGAAAUCACAAAUUCAGUGCUGUUGCAGGAUGAAGAUUUGAGAGGUUUUCGAAUGAAUUGCCUGGAAUUCUUAAUUGAAGGUGUUUCACAAAUCUACAAAAGACUUCCUGUUAGUUCACACAUAUUGGAAUCUUUGGAGAACCUGAAUCCGAAAGUGGUCAUUGAAAAAAAUGUUCCAUCUUUAGUUGAUCUCAUUAGUAAUUUUGAACACUUGGCAACCCCAGACAUUCAAGUAGUGGACAGUGAGUGGAGACUGCUGCGGAACAUGCUGGACACACUUACAGUUGACUCCAGCAUGAAACCUGAAGUGUUUUGGGACACAGUGAGUAAAGCAAGGCAUAUAGACAAUGUUUUCAUGUGCCCAAAUCUUUCAGAGUUUAUGCUUAAAUUAUUGUGUUUACCAAGUGCUACGGCUGCUGAUGAAAAAAUAUUUAGAAAAAUUAACAAGAUGAAAAGUAGAUCAAAGAGCAUAUCAACUGAGACUCUCAUGGCUGUUCUGUACACAAACCAAGUGAUUACAAGUAAGUCUUGAGUGUUUUUCUCACAUCUUGACAAUAUAAUAUUUAAAAACUAUAUCAUCUGCAUUAGAUGUGUGAUUAAAUGCUGUGCAUUAAGGUUAAUGACCACCUUUCUGUUGGACCUUUAUGAAUGAGAAAUGUUUUAGCGUGAUUAGGUCUAACUCAUGGCUGUGUCUGCUUGCAAGGAAAGCCAUGUUACUGAUAAAGCUACAUAGUAAGUUACAUUUAGCAUUGCUUUCCUUGUAUCUGAAGUAACCAAAAAUUAACAGUAGUGAACAUAUAUAUUUUUGUAACUAUUUGUAAUGUAUAUCCCUUUUAAAGGAUGAAAUACAUGUACAUUUUAUCUAA